AUGAGUGCUGCAAACCUCCCGCCCCACAAGGCCUAUGCCAAAGGUGACGUCAUCGGAGGAGCGCCCGGGAUGGAGCGGGCGGCGUUGGCCGCUUAUUCCACCACCUCCGCAGCCUCAGAACCUGCCUCCUCCACCUCUUUCUCCGCCUCCGCCCCCCGUUUCCCCGCUGCUGCCCUCUCCUCCCCAUCUUCCUUCUCCCCCGCCGCCGCGGCAGCCGCAUUGGGUCUCCCUCGCGGGCCCGGGGCGCAGGCAUGGCGGGACGGCGGCGGCGGGGUCGCGGGGAGCGGCGGCGCGGGCCCGGCCUCGUCGGGGGCGGGGACGGCCGGGGCGGGCGGCGGGGGGAGCGGCGGCCCCAUCAACCCGGCCUCGCUGCCUCCCGGGGACCCUCAGCUCAUCGCGCUCAUCGUGGAGCAACUCAAGAGCCGCGGCCUGUUUGACAGCUUCCGCCGGGACUGCCUGGCCGACGUGGACACCAAGCCAGCGUACCAGAACCUGAGGCAGAAAGUGGAUAAUUUUGUGUCAACACAUCUGGACAAGCAGGAGUGGAACCCGACGAUGAACAAGAACCAGCUGCGGAACGGCCUGCGCCAGAGCGUGGUUCAGUCAGGGAUGUUGGAAGCUGGAGUGGACAGAAUCAUUUCUCAGGUGGUGGAUCCCAAACUGAACCACAUCUUCAGGCCACAGAUAGAGCGAGCCAUCCAUGAGUUCCUGGCGGCCAAGAAGAAAGAAGCCGCUCCAGCGCCCCCGCCAGAGCCGGAGAGCCAGGACGCCUCGGGCCCCGCCCAGGACGCCUCCUAAGACGAUGCCUGGCAUCUUCUGGAAGCUCCACUGAACAGUGGUGAAGUGGACUCAGUUCAUAACGGUACGGCUUCAGACGGAGACAGGCCAAGGUCGUCGCUGAUUUCACCUUUGACUUUGGGCUGUGGUCCACGCUGAUCGGGGAGCAAGUUUGGCGGCAGGAAUGCUGGCCUGUGUGCCCCUGCCACAUGGCCAGCCCGUCCCAGGGACCACACCAGCAGACACUACAGAGAACUAAAGAAACACUACAUCAACCAGGGUUGUCCUGAAACAGACCUUUAUACUUGAACUUGGACUCUGCGUGUGGGCUCUAGGGUUUGUGCUCGGGGGAAAACAAAAGCUGCAAUGGAGGAAGGUGAGCGGUCCCACGGGGGCAGCUCCUGGGAAGGGCCGCGGUGAGCUGGGAGGGGUCUGUGGCCGGGCUUGUUGGCAUUGCUUCUCAGAGUUGCAGACUAGAGUGUACAAGCCGUGCGCAUCGAACGGCUUUAAAGUUGUUGUGACCCUCUUGUGCGUGAACCUUGUCGCUUCAGUGUCCUUUCCCCGAAGCGGCGACCAGCGCGACCCCACAAUGCAGGUCACCCCGACACUAGUAAAGGGAAGGUUUGCAGGCUCCCUGUCCAGGGCUGGUUCCUGCCCUGCCAGGAUAGGAGGUCUUGGGUGUGUUUAUUGUAUUCUCAUGUUUGCGUUUUUAGAAAGUGGAUGGUUAAUAAAUAGCCUAAGUUUUAUAAUAAAAUCAUUUGAUACUCUUA